AUGACCAACUCGUCGCCAGCCUCAGACCUGAGCAACAUCAACCUUUCCAAAGUACCUGCUGUCGUCACCUGGGUUGGCGCCGAUGGCCAGCCACUCCAACUCCACCAAAUCGAUCAGGACCCUUCGCGCCUCGUGACUUUUGACAUCCACGUCAAUGCCGUCUCCAAAUGCGCCUUUUUCAAGCUGAGAGCGUGGGUCGAGCUCAAGGCCCUGCCGAACAAGAAAACGCCUCUAUAUCUCCACGUACACCCUAGCCAAAUAUGCUCUCUCGUUUGUGAUGGCCCCAGUCAAGUGCCAGCCGACACGCGGAAAAAGCUGGGCGACACAACAAUAUGUCUGCGGUUUCAUCUGAGCAGACCUGCCGAUCUAGUCGUGCCCCAGGUCUCGCUAGUACCAAGGAGGCAAAAAGGCAACGGGGACACCAUAGACUCCUUGAAGCUUCUCGCCCAGGCUACAUGCCUAAAUGUAUAUCUGGCACAUCAGACCCUAUCGGAGGCCAUACUUCGGCCCCUUUGUGAUGCUGUCGCCCAACGAUCCCUCAAGGCGCCUGGCUGGGCCCCUGGGCUGGCAGGUCUCUACUCAGGUAGGGGCGGCAAAGUCCAGAGUAUUGACACCAGCCCACCUCCACCAGCAACUUCACCCCCAUCUUACGAUGAGCUUGCGCCCUCUCCGCCGCCACCUGCUUUCGAGAAGGCCGCGAGGAGCGAUGCUGGGUCCGCAACCCGCUUUGCUCCUGGCAUCGCUUCCGAGAUAGGGGCGGCACAGGGUGGUUAUUCCAAAAAGCGGAGACGUGAUAGUACCCCAAACACACCCGAUGUCAAAGAUUCAGAGUCUGUUGAGUCCACAUGCAGGAGGCUGGUGGAAAACAUGAUGGCGCAGUACAGACAGGAAGAACGGGCAUACCUUGAUAAGGAGCUUCAAAAGAUGAAGACGGAGAUCAUGGAGCAAGUGGAUAAUCGUAUGAGUGAAAUCGCAGAAGACCUUGCAAACACGUACCGCAAGGAUGAGGUAGAUGAGCAGAUAGACCAAGCCGAGCAACGCAGUGACGAUUUGAUAGACGUUAGGAUAGAAGAUCGUGUCACUGGCAUCAAGGUCGAGCUCGAGGAGUUUGUAGAGGAUCAAGUUGGAGGCGCGGAGGACAGGGUCUUACAACGCUUGAGGACGGCCAACCUGAUUCUGGACAUUGGAGCUGGAUGA